AUGGCAGAACCCUACUCCAAUUUCUUCACUAGAUGCUUCAACUUCAUCCCUCUUAACUCACGCUACUCUUCCUCUACAUCAUACUCCAUCUUUCCUUCCAUUUCUCCUCAUACAGAUGACUCGUAUUCAUACAAUAUCAUGUCCGUGCAGGAGACUCCGAUCAAUUCAGACAACAUUGGAGUCAUUUUGGGAUCUGUAAGCAGUCAUACGUAUUCGGACAACAUUUGUCCAGUGCACGAGACUCUGGGUAUUGUCAGAUCUGAAGAGAGUAAGAUGUUCUCAAAUACCUAUCAAGUUCAAGCAUCACCUCCUUCACCUCCUCUAAGAGAAGCUCUACCUCUUCUCAACAACUUGAGUUUUAGUGCAGAAGAGAAUAGACCUUCUUCCAGUCCCAUGGAAGAUGACAGAAAGAGAGCUAAAGAUGAGAGCAUUCUAUCUCCUGUUGAUGAUGAAGGUGUGGCUAUAGACCUACAUAUAGGGCUCCCUAGCCCUAGUUCUUAUUUGUUUUCUUCCUCUGAAGAGAUUGUAAGUAAGGAUAAUGUUGGUGUUCUCUUAGGGUUGCCCUUGAACAGAUCAAACAAUGUUCAGUAUUGGGUUCCUACACCUUCUCAGAUUCUCACUGGCCAACACAGUUCUCAUGUCCUGUUUGCUGCAAGACGUUUAACAGAUACAACAAUUUGCAGUUGUUGAUUUUGCUUGUAGUUCUCUGGGUGACCUCCUCCUCUCUCUCUCUCUCU